GACCUACCAGCACCGCACACUGUAUGUCUGUGGUAUCAUAAAACCUGUGAACGUUUCGCUUGAAUAAACAUUCAAGUUGCUUCUUGCUACACACCAUUUAUGCAGUGACGUUCAGAUAUGAAGCUGAAGUUCACAAAAGGAAUAAUUAAUACAUAAAAUACGCCUUGACCUAGCUGUAAACAUCGAAAAUGGCUGAGAGUAAUGCUAAAGAGAAUGAGGAGAAUGAGGAAUCCGAGGAACAAGACGAGGAACUCAGCGAAAAUCAGAUCAACGAAUUGAAGAUUGCCUUUGAGGUGUUUGACAAGGACGGCAACGGAUACAUCUCAACAAAAGAGUUGGGUGCUGUAUUAAAGUCUCUCGGCCAAAAUCCGACUGACAUUGAGUUACAUGGAAUGAUUAACGAGGCAGACAUGGAUGGAAACGGAAUCGUCAACUUUCCGGAGUUUAUGGCAUUGAUGACACGCCGCCUAAAGGUGGUGGACCGAGACGAAGGAAUCAGGGAAGCAUUCAGAGCCUUUGACAAGGAGGGAAAAGGUUCCUUCGCUGUCGAAGAACUUCAUUAUGUACUGAGCAACAUCCAAGAAUUCAUCGACAUUCCCAAGCACGAAGUGGAUGAAAUUGUCCAGGAGGCAGACAUUACGGGAAGUGGUACGCUCAACUUUGAAGAAUUCGCUUUGUUGUUUGAGACAUAAGGUGUGACAUGCAACCAAGUCCAUUAAGCAACGGAAGUUACGGACAACAUAAAGACACAAAUUUAGGACAGCAGAAAUGUUUGAUGUGUGGCGGACUUGCGUCAGGGUAUUGUGGGGUAUUAUGUUGUGUAUUUUUAAAAGUGUCGGAUUUCAACCACUAGACGCCGGAUGACGAAUAAACACACACUUUUCUGUAUUUGUUCCACGGAGGACGUGUACACUCUUUCAAGACUUUUUGUUUUCAUUUCCACGGUUGACGUAUUAAUGUGUCGUGAUUGGUUGUGUCGUAAAUAAAUAGCAAUUUCGAAAAAAAAUUUCAGGCAAAAAAACUGCCCUGGCAGCUUUUUUGAUUUAGAAUAUCCGACGUUAACUGGCUAUGUGUGUCCUUACGGAAGCUGUUUAACAUGCGUAGGAGGUGUCGGGACAUAUUAUAUAAAGAUGUAUUUUCCUAUUCUGUAUCUUUAUUGAACAUCUCCAAUACGACUUACUGGUGUAAUCCGUGCAUUCAUUGCUUCGUAACGACUGAAAAUACCGACUAUUUCAAAACACAGCAUCAUUAAACUGUAAUGGUAUGUCGUUGAAUCUAUUGACCUGUUCCACAAGAUGUCAUUUUUUUAAAUAGACAUGGCACGCGCAAUUUUCAAUUGACAGAUUUAUUUUGGAAAUGACCAGUAAUCUUUGUUGUAUUUUAAAUGGCACUAAUGCAAUUACGUAUCAGUUGGCAGUUGGCUAUUAUGGCUUUUAUGCCAAGAAGGUUUUGAUUAAAUAACAAAAACUGUUGCGCCUCAUAGUUUUUAUCUCUUGCUUUACUUUAAAAGAAAUAUUUUUCAUGUUUACAUUUUUUAAAGUGGCAUAACGUCUUGCGAACUUUAAAUCUAUGCACAGAUUUCCUCGGUUGAUUGUAAUCUAUAACCACUUUCAUAUAAAAAAAUAAAAAAUCUUGAGAAGUUAAAACCAGAGUGAUAUAAAGACCAGUACACAUCCUUAGGUAAUAGGUUUUUGACCAAAUAAGAUCUGGUGCUUACUUUGGGGAAAUUUUAAAUGGUGAUUAUGUCGCAUUUAAUACUCGUACUGGGAGAUCUGUAUGAUAUUAGUUAAAAGCUAGGAAUUAAAGCAUUCACAAAACAUAUUACGUUCAACUUCGAUAAAA